CGCGUCCGCGUUCUCAUUAAUAUAGUAAUGCUGCUCCAUUAAGUCCUAGUUGACAUCUUCUUCUUUUCUCUCUCUCUCUCUCUCUCAUCCGAUUCGAAUCAAUCAACAAUCGUCCUUUGCUGAUAAAACAUGGGUGGUGGAAAGGAUAAGCAUGAUGAAUCUGACAAAGGGUUAUUCUCACACCUUGGUCAUCUUGGUGGCUCUGGAUAUCCUCCAGGUCAGUACCCUCCGCCUCCCGGAGCAUACCCGCAACAAGGAGGAUACCCUCCGCAACAAGGAGGAUACCCUCCACAACAAGGAGGAUACCCUCCGCAAGGAGGAUACCCGCCACAAGGUUAUCCGCCGCAAGGGUACUACCCACCUCAAGGCCACUCACCAGCAGGGUACCCUCCUGGUGCUUACCCACCAUCUGGAUAUCCCGGCUCAUCUGCUCCACACCAGUCAGGACAUGGCAUGGGGGGAUUGUUAGCUGGGGGUGCUGCUGCUGCAGCAGCUGCUUAUGGUGCUCACCAGCUCGGCCAUGGCUCACACCAGCUUGGCCAUGGCGGCUCACACUAUCCACAGGGUUCUUACUAUCCACAGGGUUCCCACUAUCCACAGGGUUCCCACAUGAAUCAUGGAAAAUUUAAGCACCAUGGCGGCGGCAAGUUCAAGCAUGGCAAGUUCGGGAAGCAUGGGAAGCAUGGUGGAAUGUAUGGAGGGGGGAAGUUCAAGAAGUGGAAGUGAUCCCGUUUAUGUGGGUGAAUUCAGUCUUGUUGACUUUAUAAGACAAUUUCUGAUCUUGGUUUUGUAUAAAUAAACCAUACUUCUGUAUGCUUUUCUGUUGCGAGUAUUUGCGGAAGUACUAGGCUGACAUAAUUACGAUAUAUAUAUAUGUUUCUUCUAUUA